AUGAUCCCCAGACACAUUGCAAGGCCUUCGAUCUUGUCAACAUGUCGAUUCACCUGCACAAGAACCUUUUCUUCAUUGCGACCCACGGCAACGACGCAAGAAAAAUCCAAUGACGAUCCAACAAGACCAGAGGAUACACGAGAUCUAUUAUUGAAUUUGAUGAAUACGGCACCAAGCAAGCGGGAGCUGCGUCAUUUCUUGAAGCGUUAUGUGCCUGAUCUCAACACGUCGUCAUCCCUCAUCAUGCCUGGAUCGAGCAGUACAACAAAACGCAGCACACGGACAUCGCAGAGUUACGUGGAUGCAUUAUUAUCACCUACAGCAAACCAGAUUGCUAUCACCAAGGUUGAAGGUCCGUUCGAAAAGCGGGGAUGGCAGUCUGUUGGAUCGACCCUGGUCAAAUUACAAAAGCUUGGAUUGACUUCGAUUGUUGUGACGGAUAAUGCUCAAUGGCCGACGGAUGAAUCACCAGUGGAACUAGCAAAAACCAUGUUGCGAGAGAGUAUGGCAUUGGUCGAAGCUAUUGAAAAUGCUGGUGGUAGAGCACGACCCCUUCACAGUGGCAUCAUUGAAAGCAGCUCAGUAUCCUCCAUGGAUGUACAAUUGGAUUUCAUUCAAGAUGCAUUAUCGAGAGGCCAAAUACCUGUUCUUGUACCCAUCAUGACCCAAGAAGGUGGUUUGCAACAACCAGUCAAAGCCAACGAUGCCAUGGUUGCCAUCACAACAAAGCUCACCAAGCGCAACAAUAGUCCAGCCAAGGUGGUGGUGAUCAAUAAUGAAGGUGGCAUAUUUAAUCACGAGCAACCCGGCACAGCGCAUAGUUUGAUCAAUGUUCAAGAAGAGUAUGAUACGAUUGUCAAUGCUUUUCAACAGCGACCUCAAUGGAUGAAGGCAUACCCCACAGCGAUCGAUAAUCUUUCCAUGAUUCGCCAAUGCCUUGCUCAACUACCGACAUCUUCCUCCGCCAUUCUCGCUCCUAUCGCUUCAUUACCUUCAGCUCUUAUCACCAAUUUGGUCACUGACAAGCCUCUUUAUUCAUCAUCACUUCCAAAUCAAGAUAUCGAACGGAUCAACAAGAUGCGUACGACCGUUUUGCGACAUGGUAUCAAGAUUCGCAAUUAUGACAAUAUUGAUGAUUUGGAUUUGGAUCGUUUGACACAGCUUAUGGAAGCCAGCUUUCAAAAGAAGCUCAAUGCGGAUGCAUUCUAUGAGCGAUUGCGGCAUGUGCUUGCUGGUGCUAUUAUAGCUGGAGAUUAUGAAGGUGCAGUCAUCAUGACGAAUGAAUCAGCGGAUGGACAAGGCUCUCGGCACUAUUAUUUGGACAAAUUUGCUAUUGCACCAACGAGUCAAGGCAUUGGUCUCACUGAUAUUUUAUGGAAGCGUAUGUGUGAUGGAUUCCCAGAGCUAUUAUGGAGAAGUCGACAGGAUAAUGGAGUCAACAAAUGGUACUUUGAACGAUCCAACGGAUAUUUACGACUCAAGGACACCAAUUGGGUGUUGUUUUGGCAUGGACCAGGUGGAUUUAGACACAUUGAUAGUUAUGCUGCUAUUGCCAGAUCAAUUCCUGCAUCAUUUACAGGAGCAUUGAAAUAA